AUGCAAACUGGCUUGAUGGCUACGAUAGCGGUUGACCUGCUCACUUCGAUUACAUUUCCUUUGUGGUAUCGUGUAACUAGGAAUGACCUUUAUGUGGCUCUUAUAUCUCUCCCAUCUGCUCUGUACGGUCUUUUGUCGGUGAUUUUCGGGUUUGUUAUGAUAGAUAAUGAACAAAUACAAAUGUGCAAUCCACCAUCGGCAUUGAACGAAGACGUUAAAAAAUGGUGGUAUAUUGUGGCCUUCGUAGCUGGCGGAAUUACAAUCUUCAGCUACUGUCUCUCCUAUCUCAUUGUCCUAUAUUACAGUAAACGCCACAUUGAUCAGCCGCAAGAUGUCGCCAAACGCACAAUGAGAAGCAUGAGUAUCAUUCUGUUAAUCUUCCUCUUCACUAGAUACCUCGCUACAGUAAUGGCAAAUAUACUUAAUAUGGCUAAUGUCAAUCCUGACUCUGUGGAACUGUUCCAGAACUACUGCGUAAGUUUUCGCAAUGCACUGACCCCUUGCGAAACAUUGUGGACCAUGAGCAGCCCGUUGGUGGAAUAUAAUAGCUCUUUCUAG